UCCUCCCUCGUCCCUCUCUCUCUCUACCUUCGACACCUAACAGUUGUAUACUGUAAGGUGACCAGGAUAGAACUUCAUGUUAUGAAGCUCGCUACCUUUGUAUAUGAUGGUCCCAUUGUUCCUAUUGUUAUGGCUCAACAUUCGAAGCUGGAAAAUGCACAUAUACGAUUCUUCAAGGCAACUUAUCAAGAUGCUGUCAGUGCACUUCUGAAUGGUAUUCCGACCAUGCAAAAUCUGACUCUCCAGAUUACUUGCCCACAACUAGAGGUGCAAUCAUUGUUGAAUAACACAUGCAAGUUUUCCCAUCUUAGGCGCUUACAGUUGUUAAUGAGUAUAUUAGCUCAACAUAUUGAGAAGCUUCCCCAUGUACUAGUUUCCAUCCUGAGGGCAGCUCCAUUUAUUGAAAAGCUUGAGAUCCAUUUUGCUACCUGUGGCCACCUUUGUUUUGCGAACAAUGGUACUUUGGACAAUCAGCAUCUUCAGCGGUGUGAAUAUACUUAUCUGAAGAGUAUGCAUAUGACGGGAUAUAAAGGGGCAAGAGGUCAACUUGAAUUUCUUCUACAUAUUGUGGAAAAUGCCCCUGCGCUGGAGGUAUUAACUGUGGACACAACUGAACGGCUUUAUGAAUAUGAAGAUGCUUCUGUAAACUUGAUUUGCAGAAAAAAAUCAUGCUCCGAGCGCGCUGCUUUGCAUGCCGGAUCUUGUCUCGGUGAAAAACUUUCACCAAAGGUGAAGCUUUGUGUUAUGUAGGUAGGGCUCCUUUAUAGUCGACAAGUGUGUGUCUGCUUCUGUUGAAAAAUUGUGCCACCUGUAUGCCGUGAGAGUAUUUGUGAAUGAAACAACUAA